AUGCUUGCCCCCGAGACCCCGGGCAAGAUGCCGCCCCCAGUCCCACAACCCGCGAUCGACAAACUGCCUGCCGCUAUACAGACUGGUAUCGACAGUAUCUUCGACCUUAUCAAAGAGGAGCGUGAGAAGGCAGCGAAUGCGGCGCGCCAGGAGGCAUGGGGAGUGCGCCAUGCAGAGAGGGAACAGGCGAUCACGCGCAUUCAAGAACUGGAGGCGGAAAAGGUCGCACAAAGGGAGGAGUGCGAGAUUCUUCGCGCGCGCAUUGGGGAACUGGAGGGGGAGCUAUCGCGUACGGGGAAGAGUGCCAUGGACGCUUUGCAGGACAAGCACGAACAACUCGCCGUUCACGCCAACCGCAAGAUCGACGCAUUGGAAUCCAGGGUGGGCACGCUGUUGGAGAAACUCGCCACGACCGAAAAGGGGCUCCAGGACUUGGAGGCAGCCUAUAACGGCCAAGCGCUCGUGUUAGAGAAGAAGACAUCGGAGGCGGACGAUGGCGCGAAGACGAUUGCCGACCUGUCCGGGCGCGUCGCCGAGCUCCAGGCUGAACUGGCCAGCAGUCGCACCUGGUCGGAUUCUAUCACCGAACAGCUCAGGCUCAUCAACAGCGGUGUUGGCCGCCAGACUCAGAUGCUCCAGGCGACCGAGGAGCAACGCGCCGAGUCCAUCACCAAAUUACACGCUGCGGAGCAGGAGAUCCAGGCGCUGAAGACAUCUUCGCAGGUGGAGGCGCAGAAGUGGGAAGGCGAGCGUACGGCGAUGAAGAGCGAGAUUGCCGAUCUCAGUGCGAAGCAUACCAUUGCCCUCCGUAAAGUCGAGACUCUGCAGGCAACCAUCGACAACAGCACGCACAAGUUCGAGCAGCAGAGGCAGUACCGCAAGAAUAAGGAGGCCGAAGCGAAGACGGAGAAGGGCCGGCUCUCUGCGCGUAUCAUCGAACUCGAACAGGCCCUCGGGCGGGCGGGCAGCAGGGUCCAGGAGCUGGAGCAAAGUCUCGCGGAUGCCAAGGGGCAGUAUGGGCAACUUGCGACGGCAGUCAACGAAAGCGGCUUCAUCCAGGUUCGGGACAGCACGAUCGUCAUCACCGCGGAGCUUAUCAACUUUGUGGUCGCGCUCGCUACCCAUACUGCUGUCGUCGACCAGCCGCAGGCGCUCGUGAACGCCCCACCAAUGACCCUUUGCGCGACUCUCACCCGAUGCGAGAAGGCGACGUUGCAGAUGCGAGAUCGAAAUCAGGAGCUUGAGAGGCAGGUCGUUACGGCGCAAGACGAGACACGGCGCGCGAUGACCGACCUGGCUGCAGCUCGCGCAGAGAAUGCGACCACGGCGACGACGAUCUCGGGGUUGCAACAGGAGAACGAGCGGUUAGGAAAGGACCUGGAGAGAGUGAAGGAGAUAGGAUUGAAGUACAAGGUCGCACUCAAGGCUCGGGAAGGUGGCUGCCCGAAGCUGAGCAGCGUUGCUUCGGGGAAAUCAGAAGCCCGUGCGAAGACUUCUUCGACCGGUGGCUUGUCGAACACGUCAUCCGCUGGUUCUAUGAAGACGUCCCCCACCAUCGUCGGCUUCUGCUGCCCCGCCGUCAAAGGUACAGAGGAUGUCAGAGGGCUCGUCGCCGAUGGCACCGAGCACGUCUUCUCCGGCGAGUCGGUCAUCGCAACCUUCAGGUUCUGGCACGCGCUCGCCCUCACUUCUUGCAGGCACUAUAUCCCGAAAGCCGAGUCGCGCUACAUCUGCGCAUCCUCCUGUCAUCAAGCAGGAGCGCACACAUACAUCUGCGAAGCCUUUGCCAGCUUCGCGCUCGACGCUCAAGCCGCAGACAUCCACACCAACCCCUCGGUAUCCGCCAUCCCCCGCAUCAUCUACGACCUCUACGCCGUGCAUCCCUUCUUCACUCUCGCGACCUCAUUUACAGCAUAG